AGAAAGCAAGAGCAGCACCACUUGAUCACUCAUAGCCCACGUUCCCACUCUCAAUCCCAAUUCUAAAGAUUUGUUACAUAAUAUAUAUAUCUAUAAAUCAAAACCAACACUCAAAAAACACAACACAAACACAAACACAAGACGUGCUCACAAUACACCACACACUUCACUCUUUUUUCUUCUUCUUAAAUACCUCAAAAUUAAAAGAACCACAUGGCUCUCGAGACUCUCAAUUCUCCAACAGCCACCACCACAACCACCGCUCGCCCUCUUCUCCGGUAUCGCGAAGAAAUGGAGCCGGAGAAUCUCGAGCAAUGGGCAAAAAGAAAACGCACUAAACGUCAGCGUUUUGAUCACCAUCAUCAGAAUCAAGAAACGAAUACAAAACUCCCUUCCGAAGAAGAGUAUCUCGCUCUUUGUCUCCUCAUGCUCGCUCGUGGCUCCACCGUACAAUCUCCUUCUCCGUCACGUCCUUCACCGUCCGAUCAACGAGACUACAAGUGUACGGUAUGCGGGAAGUCUUUUUCGUCUUAUCAAGCCUUAGGUGGACACAAGACGAGUCACCGGAAACCGACGAACAACAACAGUACUAUCAUCAUCACUUCCGGUAACCAAGAACUGUCUAAUAACAGCAGUCACCACAGUAACAGUAACAGAGGUCCCGUUGUGAUCAGCGUUACCGUGAAUACUAGUAACGGUGCAGCUGGUCAAACAAGUGGAAAGAUUCAUACUUGCUCCAUCUGUUUCAAGUCGUUUACGUCAGGUCAAGCCUUAGGUGGACACAAACGGUGUCACUAUGACGGUGGCAACAACGGCGGUAAUGGCAGUAGUAGCAACAGCGUUGAAGUCGUUGCUGGAGGUAGUGACGUUAGCGAUGUGGAAAACGAGAGAUCAUCUGAAGAGAGUGCGAUAGGUGGCGGCCACCGUGGGUUUGACCUAAAUUUACCGGCUGAUCAAGUCUCAGUGACGACUUCUUAACGUUGACUCGGUUUUGGGGAGGAAAAGUCAACUGUACUCAAGCGACGAAGGCAGGGAUAGUGGAUGGACGGUGAAGUUUUUUUAACGGUCGUUUCUAUUCCAGUUGCUUCGGCUUGGACUGAGUCUGUAAUGAAAAUGAUUGGAGUGGACUUGCAUUUAUUAUUAUUAUUUAUUUUUACAAAAGAAAUGUUUAUUUGUUGUUGGAUUUGUUUAUAGAUUAGAGGAAACAAUUGGGAUAUUGAUAUAUUUUUAUUAUCUUGAUUUAAAAAGAAAGUAAUAAUAAUGCAGAGAUGGAUGAUUGGAUCGUACACGUUA